CGCACUUCCAGUCAGCGCGCGCUCACGGUCCUAAUACUCUCAACAGAGUCCCACGGUUCUACUAAAUAGAGAAUAAACUACAGACAAAAAAACAGGCGUAGGUACUUUUAUUGUGCUGUUUGGAGCCAGCUCUAGUUGUCCACUUGGCUGAAACUGAUUUAAAGAGUUAGAAUGCUUCCUGUUGUAAUUCAGAGAAUAAACUUGGAGAGAACUUGAGGACGGGAAAGAGGGUUGUGUGUUGUGUUUAUGUAUGAGUGAGGGUGAGUGCCUUGAGAUGAGUGUGGGUGAUGAAGAGGGCAGUUCUCGCAUCCGCCCCCCUUGCAGUUUAAACGUGAAGAAGGUGUAUGGAGAUAGCACAGAAGAACUGCACUCCCCAGAGUCUCUGAGGAUCAGCAGUAUGUCACCUGACCUCAGGCAGGACUUCAGUAUGAUGGAGCAGAGAAAGAGAGUCACACAGAUUCUACAGAGUCCAGACUUUAAGGAUGAGUUGGAGUGUAUGAUAAAGGAGCAGUACUCCAAAGGCAGUAACUCUGGUGGUCUACUGGGUCACAUCACAAACCUCAUCUUUAGCAAAACACUCAGCAACACUGGAGUGUACAGUCCCACCAGUGUGGGUUCAAUCAGUCCAGUGAAUGAUCUAUGUGGUGUGGAGUGGUUUAAUUGUUCUAAAGCUGAGAGGGAGGGCCGCUGUAAACUGGCCUGCCUGUACCGUCUGCUGGACCUGUAUGGACACAUUCACUUCCCAAACACGUAUAUUACUCUUCGUGUGAGCAAAGAGCAAGAUCAUAUUCUUAUUCUUCCUAAAGGUCUGUCCUUCUCUGAGGCCACAGCAGCUAGUCUGGUGAAGGUGAAUCUAAUCGGUGAGGUUGUUGAUCAGGGAGCAACUUCACUUCCUGUGGAUGUUUUGGGAUUCAAACUACAUGCAGCAGUGUACUCUGCUCGACCCGAUGCCAAAUGUGUUGUACAUACACACACACCAACUACAGCUGCAGUCUCCUGUAUGAAAUGUGGCAUUUUACCUAUUUCCCAUGAAGCCUUGCUGCUAGGGGAAGUAUCUUAUUUUAGCUACCAUGGUGAUUUUGAUGACGAACAGGAGAGGAUAGAUCUUCAAAAAGACCUGGGCCCCACUGCCAAGGUUUUGGUGCUAAGGAAUCAAGGUUUAUUGGCAUUUGGAGAAACAAUAGCAGAAGCUUUUCACUACCUAUACCACAGCCACCAAGCCUGUGAGAUACAGGUUAGCGCUCUCUUGUGCGCAGGUGGCAUUGAAAACCUGUGCAUGUUAGACAGAGCAAAUCUUAAAGUUUCUCCAACUCCUUCAAUUCAUGCCGGUGGAGAAAUGCCAGAAGGACAGAUCAGGUGGAGGGUUGGCGAAGCAGAAUUUGAGUCGCUUAUGAGGAUGCUGGAUAACUUAGGUUACAGGACAGGUUACACUUACCGCCAUCCCUUAGUUAAAGAGAAGCCUCGACACCAUAACGACGUGGAGAUCCCUGCAACUGUCACCGGGGAGACACUAGAGGAAAAGGACUUCUUUCAACAGAGUCCACUGCACCUCGCAGCACAGAAGCGGGAUAGAGAGAGGAUACGAUGGCUGACUUCACCAAAUAGUUACCUAAAGGUCAAUGUACCUGAGGAGUCAAUCAAUGGGACCUGCAGCCCCCAUUCCAAAACUAUGUGGAUGAAGUCUGAGGAGUCAGGCAGCUGCAAAGACACCCCAAUUAGGAUUGAGGACCCCAAUCAGUUUGUCCCACUUAAUACCAACCCCAAUGAAGUCCUGGAAAAAAGAAAUAAGAUUCGGCAGCAGUACAGAGCAGAUCUGAUGACGGCUGGACCGAAAUCUCAUAUCCUGGCAGACAUUGUCAUUGACAAGCCUCCCGGACCAGCAUUCAUUUAUGAGGAUGAGGAGCAGACAGCUUCCCAACCACCAAAUCCAUUCCACCAAUCAGAGGCAGACCUACAAGAAUACACCCAAACUGUGGAGAACAAGUGCAGCCAAUCAGCUCUUCAAUCAGAGGCUGAUGAGGAGUUUACAGAUGGAGAAAUGACCACAUAUGACGGCUCCACUGUGUCCCUUUCUAUCUCUCCUCUCAUGAGCCCAGAAAGAGGAGACUGCCUGUCAGCUCUGUUGCUGAGCAGUGAUGGCGAUGACCUGACCCAGGAUGAUGACCUCACUUUGCAGGUCACAGAGCUUAGCAUCACUAAAGAGAUGCAGGUCUCCAUAACAACCACUAUUGCCAACAACAUUUCAGUCACCAGCUCAUCUGAAAGUCAACCAAAAUCACCAAAAAAAAAGAAAAAGAGAUUUCGUACUCCUUCCUUCCUGAGGAUGAGUAAAAAGAAAGAAAGAGAAAAGGAGAAAGGAAAAGACAAAGAGGAGAGAGAAAAAGAAAAAGAGAACAAGGAAAUAGAGGAAGAAAAAGAAUACAUGAAGGACUAAAAGACUAAAUUAAAAUGUGAUGAGUUUAUGAUGUGGAAAACGUAGUUUCAGGAGGGCUCCAUGUUAAAUGCAUUGACUAAGUAGAGAUGUGUGCACAUUAGCAUUAACACAAUGGCUUGUCUGAAGAAUAUGUAUUUUUAACACUUUUUGUUACUGCUAUAUUAUAACUAUAGUAGAAAUUGUGUCUAAAGAGCCUAAAUACAUAAUUAUAGACAAUAUCUUACACUUUUAUAAACUUUAUAUGUAAGUGCACCCUCAUACAUAAUAUUGUCAGCAGACUAAAUAAUCAAUUCUAAUUUAGCUGCUGGUUUCAAUUGUUAGUUCUCAUCCGUCACUCUACACACUGCAUUUGAGAAGUAUCAGAAACAU